AUGGAUCUCAAGGUGGUCUGUGUUCUCUCUGCCACCCUCGUCAUAGCCCUCAGCACCUUGGCAGAGGGAAAUGCACCAACAAAAUGCCAGUGUAAAAUGCUCCCAAAGGAGAGGAAAAACUGUGGCUACCCAGGAAUCUCAGCAGCAGAGUGCAAGAAAAUGGGGUGCUGCUUCAACUCUUCGAACCCCAACGUUCCCUGGUGCUUCACUCCUAAACAGAAGAAAGUUAAGAAAGUGUGUCCCAGCGAUCCUUACGCCAGGAUAAACUGCGGCCACCCCGGCAUUACGGCCAAGGAGUGCACAAAGAAGGGCUGCUGCUUCAGGGCACGUCCUGCUGGGGUCCCCUGGUGCUUCUACCACCGUGUCACGGAGGAAGGUAAUGAGUGA